ACUAUCCCCUUUCUAGAAAUGCCUCUCUACAUUGCUUUUGGUCAGGCCUAAGAGAAACAACAGUAUACUCCGAGAAUCAAAUCUUUUCGGCUCUCUUCAACAGCUAUAUAGAGCCUUCGCAUCCACUUCGAACUGCGCAUCUCACAUUCAACUCCCACUGCCAGUGCAAUGUAUACCAUGGACACCGAACAAUACCCCCUCUGGCCGAUACAGAGCCCUACGCCGUCUGAAUUGCCACCGGGUAUCGCCAAGAACGUCGACAUGUCAUUUGACUCGACCCUACAAUGCAUAUACGGGAUGUUCCCUGACGCACCAUCUACAGAAGAUGACUUGGACACGUUUCUCUACCAAGAUAUGAUCUCGCAUUCGAGCAAUCUCCAAGAAAAUGAGGCUCUCCUACCAGUCGGACUUAGUCCGAGUGGCUCAGAGCCCAGCGCUUCAACUAUCAGUUCUUCUCUGUCGCCCCAACCAGUGGAGCGCAGUUCUGCACGAAGUAGUCCUGCGCCACGCCAUGACAAACUUGCCAUUGAUGAUCGGAGUUACUCGAUGAAACGACGAAUGCAAAACCGAGAGGCACAGCGGCGCUUCCGCGAACGGAAAGAAGAACACCUGACAACGCUGGAGAAACGAGCUGCCAUCGCGGAGGAGAGGUACAAGGAGUUACUCAAAGACACGGAACAACAGACGGCAGAGGCGGCGAAGUUACGGACAGAAAACAAACGGCUGAAGGCCGAGACACACCGGUUACGCGAGCGAUGGCGAACGAUGCUUGCCCUUCUGCAACCUGCGCAAAGACUGAUCGCCCUCUCUGUGCUGUUGGCUGGAAACACGCAGGACGACGAGUUGGAGGAUUUUAUGCGUUCCUUGAAAGGAUAAUUGUCCAAGUUCCCGAUGAUUCCGUGUCUAGCACUUCCAUCCUUAAUAAUUUAGCCAGCGUGAUGAUACACACUAAUGAUAACAUCCUUUUCCG